AUGCCGGCGCGCGGAGCUUCCCCGCGGGACUGCCUCCUCCUCCUCACCGGCCUACCUCCUCUUCGCCGCAUCGUCCCUGUCUACCCACCUCGAGCACCGUUGCCCCGUGCCCUACGCUCCCUCGGUGAGGCCCCCGGCCUCCUCUUCUCUCCCCGUCACCGUCGUCCGUCCCGUUGCACCGUCCGGGUCAUCGAACACCGUCACGGCCAUCGCACAGCACCGCCUCCGCCCUCCUGCUCCGGUCCCCGUUCACCGCUCGCCCACGCACGCGCGCUGCCUGGCCACCGCGCCCCCUCGCUCCGGCCCGCUCUGCAGCGCCCAGCGCAACGGCCCCCUGUUGCGCCUGCCGCGCCUACCUUCGCCUCGGCGGCCUCCACCGCGACGCCACCGGACCCCCACUUUUGCCCCGCCACUGCCUCGCAUCAACUCCCCGGCCGCCUUCCCGCCGGAGUGCUCAACCCCUCCUGUGAGCUCCCCUCCGGUCGCCGCCCCCUCGCGCUCGCCUCUCCCUCGCCGCGCAUCGCUCGCGGGCGCGCGCGCACACCGCGCCACUCUGGCCACUCCGCCCCCCUCCCGCACAUGCCCCGCUCGCCCCCUGUUGGUCCCAGCCACCGACGCGACCAGCGCGUCGGGGCCGCGCCCGUCUGGCUCGGCCACGGCCACUCCCCCUCCUCGCGCGGCCGUGCCCGCCGCCGGCAAGCCGCCCUGGCCACUGGCCUCGCCCCGCCGCGCUCCCUGCGGGCGAGCGCCCUCCCAGGCGCACGUCGCCCAUCGCCCGUUAGCCCGCUGCGCCCGUUCGGGCCUUGCCCGUACUCGCCCGAACCCGCUAACGCCGGCGCCCGCUAA